AUGGAUUACGACUUCAAAACAAAGCUGGCGGCCGAGCGAGAGAGAGUAGAAGAUCUGUUCGAAUAUGAAGGUUGCAAAGUGGGUCGUGGCACUGGGCACGUUUAUAAAGCUAAGCGCAAAGACGGAAAGUAUGCACUGAAACAAAUAGAAGGCACUGGAAUAUCAAUGUCUGCCUGCAGAGAAAUCGCUCUGUUACGAGAACUGAAACACCUGAAUGUGAUCGCACUGCAGAAAGUCUUCCUGUUCCACAGCGACAGAAAGGUUUGGCUUUUAUUCGACUACGCUGAACAUGAUCUUUGGCACAUCAUCAAGUUCCACCGGGCCUCCAAGGCCAACAAGAAACCCAUGCAGCUUCCCAGAGGAAUGGUGAAGUCUCUCCUGCAUCAGAUUCUGGAUGGGAUCCAUUACCUCCAUGCCAACUGGGUGCUCCACAGGGAUCUGGAGGAAUUAUCGGGGAUAGCAGAGCAUUACGGUGUCAGGCUUGCCCCGAGCAUGAAAAAGCAGCAGCAGCGGUUAGCGCUGGUGGAGGCUUUGACCGCCAAGGAGGUUAUGGAGUGCUCUGUGGGCAAACCUGAGGAGGAGGAGGUAGUCACAUGUGACCCGGUUUCGGAGAACCAGGUUUUGCUGAGUAAGAUGGAACUAGAGUUUAAAUUCGAGCAGCUGAGACAUGCAGAGCGGUUAUGCGCUCGGGAAGUGGAGGAGGCAGAACGUGGGCGCGUGCGUGAGCUGAGCUUGGAAGGCUUGGGUAGAAACGGAGUGAUGGACUGCUAG